CAGCCUCCCGUACAAUGAUGAAGCAGCACGGCAGCAGCCACCGUCGGCUUUGAAAAGGGCGGAGUGGAGAAAGGAAUCGCUGAGCUCCUCCAUCCAACUGCUUCCACCACAGAUUCCACAAGCCACACUGCCUUCCACGCCAGAGAUUCGCAGCCAUGUCCGACGAGCUCAAGCGCGGGAUCGCGGGCGCCGCCGCCGUCGCCGCCUCCCACCCGGCGCCCUACGCGACGCGGGCCCCGGCCGACGCCGACCGCAGGCUCGCCGCCUCCGCCACCGCCGCGCUCGGCUCCCCGCCGCCGGCCGCCGCGUCGCCCACGGCGCACAAGAUCACGCUCAAGAGCGCCGACAUGAAGGAGGAGAUGCAGAAGGAGGCGUUCGACAUCUCCCGCGUCGCGUUUGAGAAGCACACCAUGGAGAAGGACAUCGCGGAGUACAUCAAGAAGGAGUUCGACAAGAACCACGGCCCCACCUGGCACUGCAUCGUCGGCCGCAACUUCGGUUCCUACGUGACGCACGAGACGAACUACUUUGUGUAUUUCUACAUUGAUUCUAAAGCUGUCUUGCUAUUUAAGUCUGGGUGAUGGGCGCAGCUGAUCCCUUCUCCCCCUGGCGUCAAUCUCCUGUGUGCCCCUCUUUCAUCCGCGUCUGCAACUGAACUGGAAAAUCAGAAAUUUGGAAACGACUCCAUGUUGGUGUGAAAUCUUAGAUCGUGUCUUUGUUUUGCUUUGUUUCAGCUAGGUGUUGUUGACGUUGUCUCAUUGUAAUAUUGCCACAAAAUCGGGCGAGAAGUCAUCGUCCACAAUGUACGAAAAACUGUCUGAUCUACUGACUUGCCAAGUGUCCUGGCCUCGUGGGAUGGUCAAAUUCAGAAUUUGCAUUUUGCUCGUAUA